UCAAAUUAGAUUCAAUUUGGCAUGGCAGAUUUACCGAGUACGGAACGUGUUGCAUCAUUUAUUUUUAAUUUUCUUGUUGGUUAUUUUUGUGUUAGGCUGCUUUUGAAGUUAGGAAAGAGAAAAAUAUGUUAAAAGCUUUGAAAUAAUCGAUACAGGGAAAAAAUACUACUAUAAAGGGAUCCCAACUAAAAGCUUUUCGAACUUCAUUCUUUCAAUAAUAGGUUUGAUUUUAUUAACGAAUUGGAUUAUUAUUUCCAAAGAUGUAUCGUAACUUAGUUAGAAUUUUGGAACCUAUUAGAAAUCAAUUGUCCAGGAAGGCACGACUGGGCAGUGCAGCUGAUGGCGGCAACGCAUUCGAACGGAACAGCAUUUCCAAGGAGCAACAGCUGUCUGAAAUUCUGAAGCGUUCACUACCUGGCAUCACUUAUGUCAGUGUACAAGACAUAUCCGGAGGCUGUGGUGCCAUGUUUGAGAUUAAUGUAGAAGCCAAAGAGUUCUCUGGCUUAUCCCGAGUCAAGCAGCACCGAUUGGUAACCGAGUCAUUGAAGAGUGAGAUAGCGGAAAUGCAUGGCAUACGUAUAAACACUACAGUCCCAACAGCUGGUGAUAAGUGAUAAUGUUUGUAAUACUACCUGUGAUAAUUAUGUUAUGUUCCAGCAAAACAAGAGAAGCAUAAUCCUCCAAGUUGUGCCCAAUGGUAGUCUAGACUAUGAAGCUUUGUUGAUUUUUGUUAAAUAUUUAUUGUUAUAGUUUUACAAUAACAAGUUGUUUGACUUUAGUAUAGCCAAGUUAUAAUAAUAAAGUUAUGGAAAAUAUUGUAAUAAAUAGAUA